AUGCAUCAACUCUUCCGUGCUGUUUCUACAGCCAGACUGACGGCAAGUUAUUCUACCCGCCCUAUCAGAGAUUUACGAACCUCCAAUCUCGUCCCCCUAAUCGAAAUUCCCAAGCCAGCACUCGCCUCCGACGCCUCCCACUUGAGAGCCGUAUACGAUACCCUCGAAGCGAAAGGUGUGCUCCAAGUACAUCUAGGGUUUAGCGACGAGAACAGCACAUAUCUGCAGAGUCUGAUAUCGAAUCUCCACAAAAACCACAACCACGGCCUCCCAAUAACACACAGCGCCGAGCGCGGUUGGUUCUGGGAUGUUCGGCCCUCCCCAGCGAGUUUCCAAAGCCAUGGCCACCAAGCCCGAUCAGAGACAAUGUUCCGAUUUGAAUGGCACACCGACUGCAGCUAUGAAGAGCAACCACCCAGAUUCUUCGCCCUCCAAGUCCUUCAGCCAGACCGCCGCGGCGGCGGGACGUUGUCUGUGCUGAACGUCGAUCGACUCCUUACCUUGCUUUCGCCUUUCGCGCAAAAAUGGCUCUCCAGCCACAACUACAAAAUUACAGUCCCUCCUGAGUUUAUCAAAACCGAGAGGAAGCAGCAUAUCGUGGCUAAUUUGCUCGCCGUGAAUCCUGACGGGAAGUCUGGCAGUCAAUUGCGGUUUCGGGAAGAUAUCACGGUUCCCUUGACUCCGAAUGCUACCAAGGCACUGGAUGAACUGAAGGAAAUUCUGUACGGUGGUGGCGCCCGGGAUGAGACUCUCCACCUCACACCCCAGUGUCUUCUCCAAGGAUCAAUUAUCCUGAUGGAUAAUCGCCGAUGGCUGCAUUCGCGCAAUGAAGUCAAAGACCCCAACCGACAUCUUCGGCGUGUCCGAUGGGAUGCCGCACCAUUUGGAAGCUCAUGA